UUUGAAGUUUGCUGUAAGCGGUUGUGUGAGCGGAGAGUUUGUGUUCGAUGCGACGAAUUUUUAAAUGAUAAAUUGCAAAAAUGAAAAACUAUAAUGAAUUUAAGAUAAUAAUAAAAUUAUAAAUAAAAAAAAUAUCAAUUGGAAGAAAAUAACACAAAGAAUAUUUGUAAAAUAAGAAUAAAGUGAAUGCUAAUCUCGUCGUUUCCAAGAACAUUUUAAUGUGUAUUUUGUGUAUGUGUUGUGUGUGUGCAAUGUCUGUAAUGUCUGUCAUCGUCCAGUGAGUUCAGGCAUCAAAGGAAGAGAAAAGUUGGAAAUUGCACAAACCUAAACCUGGAAUAAGGAAGAAGAAGUAGUGUAAAAAAUCAAAAGCAAAACAAGAAGGCAUAGCGAAAAUGUCAAAAAUGUGUAUAGAAUAGAGAGAGAGAAAAAAAUAAGCUUGAAAGGAAAAAUCAUAAAGUGGAAGUGAUAACAAGGAAAGGAGUUCGAAGUUAUUUUUAUUAUAAACAUAAAAGAAGUUAAAAGAAAUGUUUUGUAAAAUAAAUUUGUGAGAGAAAAAAAACAAGGAAAUAAAAAGAAGAAGAAGAAUACACGGCAUUAUACUUCCGGUGAUAACCACAAAUGUUUUCGCACAAUCCUUUUGCCAACCCCGUAAAAGUAACGGGGCUUUAACUGUCAAUUCUUGUGAGCGGAAAAGCCAGCCAGCCAGCCUUUGCAAACGGUAGAGGAGGCACAGACGACGCAAACAAAAAAAAAAACGUAUUUCCUGGAAUACAGAAAAACAUCGUUAAUUACAAAAUAAUAAAACACAAAAUGUUAUAAAUAGAGAAAGAGAAGUGCAAAAAUCACAGAGAAUUGAAAAGAAAUGUAUUAAAUUAAACCGUGCUUGUUGGAAAAUUUGCAGAAUUGUUUAACGAAAAAAAAAACCAAAUAAAUCAAAAUGAUAUCGUAAAUGUGCUAUAUUUGUGUACAAUCAAUCUAUCCUCCCCUUAUCAGCCCCUUUGUCUUCAAAACAUUACCCUAUCACAUUUACCCAUUACCAUAAUGGAUAAUAUCCUUUGCGGCGGCGGCAGUACUAUUGGAAUUACUAAACUUAACUCCUUGCACUCUUCCUCCACCAUCUCCCUCUGCGACAGAAAAAGGAAGUGUGCUACAGCAAAACAUCAACAUUCCUUUGGAAUUCACCAUCGACCGGCAUUUAGCUGCUGUUCAUCAUCGACAAUGAAGACGUUUUUGGUGUUAGUUGUCAUCUGCAUUUUAUUCGGUGCCGAUUUGGUUAAUGCAAGUCAAGCCCUCACAUUUAGCAUAGAACCACAAGAUGUGGUGGUGCCCGAAGGUCAUUCAGUGCUGAUGCAAUGUGCCGGUGUGGCCCAAUUGGGCAAAAAUCAAAAGAUUGCCCCCAACAUACGAUGGCGAGGACCAGAUGGCCAGGAUUUGGGCAUUGUGGGUGACACAUUUCGGACACAGCUGAAAAAUGGUUCCCUGUACAUAAGUUCGGUGGAGGAAAAUCGGGGUCUCACUGGAUCCUAUCAAUGUCUAUUGUCCGUUGAUGGCAUUGGCACCAUUGUCAGCCGUUCGGCUGUGGUGUCCAUUGCCCGUUUGCCGGACUUAAAUCAAGAUUUCAUAGAGACCUAUCUGCUGCCCGGACAAACAGCCUACUUUCGUUGCAUGAUUGGCCAGACGCAACCCGGUAUGCGGCACUAUGUGCACUGGAUAAAAGAUGAUAUGCCUUUGCAAUUGGAUAAGCUACGUAUGGUCAUCUUGCCAAAUGGUGCUCUGGAAAUCGAUGAGAUAACGCCCAGUGAUCGUGGUGUCUAUCAGUGUAAUGUGACAUCCGGUUCCAUAUCGCGGCUAAGCAGUAAAACUAAUUUGAGCAUAAAAAAGAGUUUGGAAAAUGGUGAUAAUCCAGUGGCGCCUGCAUUCCUUGUUGGUCCCUCACCACAAACCGUCAAGGAGGGUGAUGUUGUUACCCUAGACUGUGUGGCCAAUGGGGUGCCUAAACCGCAAAUAAAAUGGUUACGGAAUGGUGAAGAACUUGAUCUCAACGAUUUGGACUCAAGAUUUUCAAUAAUUGGCACUGGAUCUCUACAAAUUUCCUCAGCCGAGGAUAUCGAUUCCGGCAACUAUCAAUGUCGUGCCAGUAACACGGUCGACUCUCUCGAUGCCCAGGCCACGGUACAGGUGCAGGUACCACCAAAAUUCAUACAAAGUCCCAAAGAUAAGACAGCCUUUGAAAAGGAGGAAUUGGAACUGGAAUGUGCCAUUAGGGGUAAACCAAAACCCAUUAUUAAAUGGCUAAAGAACGGUGAUUUCAUUACACCCAAUGAUUAUAUGCAAAUUAUUGCCGGGCAUAAUUUGAGAAUACUUGGCCUAUUGCAAUCCGAUGCUGGUAUGUUCCAAUGUGUCGGCACCAAUCCGGCGGGAAGUGUGCAGGCUGCAGCCAGACUGAGAGUGGUGCAACCAGGCAAAUUGAAAAAACAACGAAAAUCCCAAUCGCAAACCACCAAAUCCCUUUACCUAGACCGUGGUCCGCCACAGACCACGUCCAACAAGAAUAGGCGUAAAAAUAAACUCAGUUCCGGUGAAGUGCGCACCAAGUCGGGUGAUAAUGUAGAGACACGCAUAUCGAAAAGUGCCUUAGAUAGUUUACUCUCGCAAAAGGGUAAUAGGAAAUUUAGUAAUUUUCCCGAUCAACCUUUAAACGAUCGUCAUUACGAUGAGCUGAUGCAUUUCGCCGAUGACGAUGAUGAGGAAUUUUCAAGUGAAUUACCUCGUAAUAUUAAUGAAUACGAUCGGACACUUACCAAACAAUUGAACCCAAAUUCGGGUGAUGAUGACGACGACGAGGACGACGAUGAUGAUUAUGAUAAUCCUGCAGCUAAUGAAGAAUACAUAAAUGCCUAUAAAAAUGGCUAUGAUCCGAAUAAAGUUUUAAAUUCAUGGACAAAUAAGAAAAAACUUAAUCCAUCCAAUUCCAAUCAUUCACCAGAACAAACCUCCUCCCGUUCAUCUUCUAUAGUUUUAGAUUUAUCAGAUGGUGCUGGUGGCAUUGGUGGUGCUGCAUCGAAUAGCGGUGGCGGCAAAGGAAAUACAAAUGCUCUUGAAUCUGGUCUGAAGAAUCGUCUGCCCGGACCACCCAGAGAUUUGGUGGCACAAAUUGUCAAACCUCGUUUUGUGACGCUGAGCUGGAUCGAACCCAUCAAGAAUCCCGUGGAAGUGGUCUCCUAUACGGUCUACUAUAAAAUGAAUAACAGUGAGAGAGAACUAAAACUCGAUACAAAAUCCCACGAUGAACAACAAGUCAAUAUACAAUCACUGAUACCGGGACGCACCUAUCAGUUCCGUGUUGUGGCCAAUACGAAUUUCGGUUCAGGAGAAUCAUCCGAGCCGUUAGAGGUAACAACACAACCCGAGGAAAAUAUUGCCGGUCCUCCAACCAAUGUUGAAGGGUAUGCCCGCAAUCACAAAGAGAUCUAUGUUAAAUGGCAAGAACCCAAAGUGACAAAUGGUGAAAUUUUAAAAUAUCGCAUAUACUAUUCGGAGGGGGACAAUGGUCCGGAAUUGUAUUAUGAUAGUACAGUCUUGGAUGCAGUUUUAACGGAAUUGAGGCCCUACACAGAUUAUACCAUAACCGUGGUGCCGUUCAAUAAAAAUGGCAUGGGUGACCCGUCAAAUGAGAUACGGAUAAAGACGUUCUCCUCAACGCCAUCAGAGCCACCAAAUAAUGUUACCCUAGAAGUUACAAGCUCAACUUCCAUUACCAUACACUGGGAACCACCGGCUGAGGAGGAACGCAAUGGCCAAAUAACUGGUUAUAAAAUACGUUAUCGCAAACUCAAGGAUGCUCCCCAGGUAAAGAGCACCCCCGCCAAUAUACGUUACUAUGAAUUGAGUGGUUUAGAUCGUAAUUCCGAGUACCAAGUAAAAAUUGCCGCCAUGACUGUAAACGGCUCGGGACCUUUUACGGAAUGGUAUCGUGUUAUGACCUUGGAAAAUGAUUUAGAUGAAACCCAAGUGCCGGGACGUCCUGUAUGGAUUGGUAUUCAACCGGGAGCUGACACUAUUGCUUUGCAUUGGGGUCCGCCACAACAGCAUGAAAUAAAAAUUCGCAACUACGUAUUGGGUUGGGGCCGAGGCAUACCCGAUGAAAAUACCGUUGAACUUAAGGAGACUGAUCGUUAUUAUGAGCUCAAGGAUUUAGAACCCAAUACCGAAUAUGUGGUCUCUUUAAGGGCACGCAAUAUUCAGGGUGAUGGGCAACCAAUAUAUGAUAAUAUCAAGACCAUAAAUGAAAAUCCCAUAGAUAUACCCACACCGCUGGAAGUUCCGGUGGGUUUAAGGGCCAUAACAAUGUCUAGCUCUUCCAUAGUUGUGUACUGGAUAGAUACUACCUUGAAUAAAAAUCAGCAUGUUACAGAUAAUCGUCACUACACCGUGCGUUAUGGCAUAUCUCAAACGACACGAUAUCGUUAUCACAAUACUAGCGAUUUGAAUACCAUGAUUACCGAUCUCAGGCCAAAUACCCAAUAUGAAUUUUCGGUGAAAGUGGUGAAGGGACGUCGAGAAUCAGCCUGGUCCAUGGCGGUAUUGAAUACCACCUAUCAAAAUAUACCCAUAACACCACCACGAGAAUUAUCAGUCCAGCCCGAUGAACAGAAUUCCCAAAAUGUCAUACUACACUGGAUGCAGCCAAAACAUACAGUAUAUCCCAUUUCGGGAUAUAAUAUCUAUUACACCACAGAUACAACGAAGCGUGAUCGUGAUUGGAACAUACAAACAUUUAGUGGAGAUGAAACUUCGUUUAUUUUACCUAAUCUAAAACCCCAUACAACGUACUAUUUUAAAGUGCAGGCGAGAACGAAUAAAAUUGCCAGCGGAACGGGGGGUGGGGCCAACACCGCCCCCUUCUCCGCAUUGGUUGCCUACACAACAGGGGCUGGGACCGUCAAACAAGAACCCACCGCCAUUAACAAAGGCAUCAACAAUGAAAUGAUACUCUAUAUGGUUAUAUUUGGUUUUGCCCUGAUCCUCUUCAUCGUGGUCGCUGUCAUUGUGAUAAUGUGCCGACGUAAACCACAAUCCACACCGGAGCAUACGAAAAAGAGUCUCCCAUCUUCGAACAGCUAUCAGAAGAGUAAUAUGGGUGUACCAAAGCCACCAGAUCUAUGGAUCCAUCAUGAUCAAAUGGAAUUGAAGAAUAUCGAUAAGACAAUGCAUGGUUCGACACCGGGUUGUAGUGAUGCUGCCUCCAGUAGUGGUGCCUUAACUUUACCCCGUUCAGUGGGUCAUGAUUACGAUGUGGACACGCCGGUGCCAAAUCACAUAACCAACUCUUUGGACAAACGUUCUUAUGUACCAGGCUAUAUGACCACCUCGUUGAAUUCUACAAUGGAAAGACCACAAUAUCCCCGAACGCAAUACAACAUACCAGCCAAUCGAUCUCAUAUGAAUGUUGAUACGGGUCUCUCACAGCAAAGCCUAUCCCAGCCACAAAACAAUUCAUUGGCACAAACGCCAGAGCAUCCAUAUGGCACAUAUGAUUCGAAUUUCUGCAAUACUGGUUACCCUGGCGGAGCUGGUGGUGCAGGAGGUCCUGGUUCUGUGGCUGGCGGUGCUGCAUCAGGGGCUGCCAGUAACGGGGGAGUCUCCACAAUUGAAAGUACCAAACGCGGUCAUCCGCUAAAAAGUUUCAGUGUACCCGGACCACCACCAACAGGUGCAGUAACGCCCGUUAACAAACACACGCCUGCCGUAACAAUACGUCCACAAAAUCAAUCACCAUACAAGAAACCCUCAUUUUCAGCUGCCACACCCAAUCGCUUGCAGAGUGGCCCCUCGGUGGCCCAUUCAAAUGAUGAGAUACAAAGGCUAGCCCCAAGCACAUCAACCGAAGAACUCAAUCAGGAAAUGGCCAAUUUGGAGGGUCUAAUGAAAGAUUUGAGUGCAAUAACGGCCAAUGAAUUCGAAUGUUAACAUUAUCAGAAACCCAUUAAGUUACCUUUGUUUUUAACGAAUAAAAUUAUAGCUGCCAUAACACCGCGUAUAACAACAACAACGAUAAAGGCCAAAGAAUUACGAAGGAAAUCUUUGAGCUCAACAGCAACGAAAUCACAACCAGCAUCACCUCUGCGGUCAAGAAACAAUGAAAGUUGUAGUACUCUGACAACCAAAUUCUAAGAACAGAUAACUCAUGGGAUUUAUACAUAUGGAUAUGUGUGUAUAUAACUGGGCCGUGAGAACAUCCAAAGGCAGUUUUUAAUUUCCUCUUUUAGUUUAUUUUAUAGAGGUUUCUUGUGGCAAGAAUUCCCUUUUAGCUGUAACGGAUCAAACGAAUAACACAAAAUUCGCUGUAAGUUUAUUAUUUCUUUUUAUGAAAUAAUAUUUUAAAAGAAAUCAAUUUUCGAUUAUGAUAAAAACGAAAGAAAGUCUGUGUAAAUAUUUAAAUGUAUAACAACAAAAAAAUAAACAUAUUUUUUAUUAUAACAAAAAGAAAACAAAGCAAAACAACUUAAUUAUAGUCUAUUUAGAUAAAACCCGAAUCAAACAACAAACAAAUGCAAAACAAACAAACCUUAAUUAAGAUAUGUGUGCGUGUGAAUGUAUGUUAAAACAAAGCAAACAAAUAAAAACAAACACAUACAUUAUUCUCUAAUACCUAAUAAGGCCUAAUCAUACCUACUUCCCCUUUUCCAUUUUUAAACUACCCCCCUUGGACAAAAUAUUUAUAACUAACAUUUAAACUAUACGAAUAUACAACUAACUUUACGAUAUAAAAUUAUCACAAAUUUAAAUACGAAAGCAAAGCGACACGAUUUAAAAAUAACGAUUAUUUUUUACUUUAUACCAUAAGCUAGCCAUCUUAACCACUUAAGAACUUAUCAUAGAAAAUGUCUAAAAAUUAUAAUCGGAACUAAGAUAGAUUGUUUAACUAUUUUUUUUUUCAAGAGGUAAAAUCCUUUUUUUUAAUUUUUAUUUCUAAAAGUUUUUUAAUUCAAACAAAUUUCUUUCGGUUGUAUUGCAUGGAUAUUUUUAAUUUUUUUUUUAAACUCGGAAUAAUAAAAAAGUCUAAAUUCCAUCCUCUAAAAUUUUUAAUAACCAAAUAAUUUUCUUAAAUACUUUUUCGUUUUCGAUUGUUCUUAGUUCUUAAAUUUUAUUACGAUCCUUAUGAAAUUUUCUUUUAUCGUAAAUUACGAUAUAAGCAACAAUUUCCACUACUUAGCGCACACCGAACUUACAGAAUUGCACCUUGUUUCUUAUGAAUAACUAAUGUGCCAUUUAUUUUAAACUUCUUUUAUAUGUUUCUUAACGUCAAUUAAAGGAUUUAUGUUUUUCAUGAAUUCCUUCUAAUUGUUUUUAUAAUUAUUUAAUUCUAUAGUCAGAUGGUGAAGUGUUUCAUUGAAAGUUUUUGAGGUGAAGGAAAAUUAGAACACCUCAAUCUCUGAUUUCCAAAAAGUCUCGUAAUUUUUCAACGUCUGACUUCAGUCUUCCGACCAAGCGAACAAGCUAAAUAUUUUAAUUUUUUUAAAAACACAAACGACAAAAAUGUUUCUGUUCCAGAAUCUGCAAUCUACUAGCUUUGCAUUUUUUUCGUUAUCAUAAGAAAAAAUCGGUUAUUGUAGUAAACAUUUUUAAAUUCUUGCAGUUCUGAAGCAGAGUAAAGGAGGGAAUACAUAAAGCGCUUAUAUGACUGCCUCCUUUGUUCAUUUUAGAAGAUGCCAGCCAUAUAAGCGCUUUAUGUAUUCCCAACUUAAAUGUUUUUUUCUUUUUGGAAAUAGGUUUUUUUAUUUUUCCCAUUUUUUAGAACUGGACUUGAAUCUUAACUAGAGAAACACUACGAUUUUCCUGUUUUUCCAGGUUAUCAUUUGUUUGGUUAAUUUUUAGAUUAAAAAAAUACAAAUUUCAAUUUUAUUUAGGUUAAAAAUUGCAUUGCAUUUAGUAGCAUUUAUGGAAAAUUGACUUACUGCCUAUAAAAAACUACUAAAAAUUAUUGACUUUAGACUUGAGUAUAUAAUCAACACUUAUAUUAGCCAAAAAAAAAACUAAGAUUUAUAUUUUAGGAAUUAAUUGUCUUGUUAUUAAAACGAUAUAUUUUAAGUACUAUAAUUAAAGAAAAUAUAUAUUAUUAUUUUACUUUGUUUUCUUUUUUGUAAUGCCAUUAAUUAAGUUAUUUUGUAUGCCUUACUUCUUUGUUUUUCCUUUGUCAGAUCUUAAUUUUGUAAUUAGUUAUUAAACUAAGCUUUUAAAAGUAAUACGAUAAGUGAAACAUGAAAACGAAAAAGAUAGAAAGCAAAUCCUCAGCCAUGUAAAACCACACAUUUAUAUAUUUAGAUAUAAAUACAUAUACAUAUAUAACA